AUGGCCGCUCAGAUCGCUGGCGUCGCCUCUAAAAAGCUGUUGAAGGAGUCAGCCGAGAAUCGAUUUGGGCAAGAGGACCCAUACUUCGAAACAGUACAUGCAACGAACCUCUUAGGGCGUCCGACGACGAAAAAGAAGCGCAAGGCUGCACCAGAAGGCAUAUCAGCCCGCGAUGCGAAGAUACUUACCAAGGUGAAGCGGCGGGCAUAUAGAUUGGACCUCUGCCUUUUCAAUUUCUGCGGAAUUCGCUUCGGAUGGAGCAGUGUCAUUGGUCUUGUUCCGGCAAUCGGUGAUGCACUUGAUAUGUUUAUGGCCCUGAUGGUGGUAAACACCUGUAACAAAAUAGAAGGCGGUCUUCCUGCGCGCCUUCGAAUGUGGAUGCUCUUCAAUAUCGUUAUCGAUUUCUUCAUCGGCUUGAUUCCUUUCAUCGGCGACCUUGCAGAUGCUAUCUAUAAAUGCAAUACCCGGAACGCCGUCCUCCUCGAAAAUCUGCUGAAAGAGCGCGGGGAGGAAAACCUUAAGCGUACAGGUUUACCACUGCACGAGUCUGCGCGUAUUGAUACCAGUCACGACACACGACCAACGACUAAAAAUUCAGGACUUAAGUCUUCUCCACCAAGAAACGACUCACCUUCUCGACCACAACCAGCACGAACUCACAUGGGCGGGCCGUCGUCGAGAAAUCCUGCUCCAUCUGCAGAGCGCAAGAGGGAGCCAGAUAUCGAAAUGGGGAGGAUGUAA